AACAUAGCACAGCUAUCAUCCCGGUAACCAAAUAUUGACAGCGUUCCCUGCAUCUCCCGCCACGCCUGCAUAAUAAGCACCCUAGACUUCUCAUUUACCUGUCACUAAGCAAUAAAAGAAUGAGCUCGGGCCCACGGAAUGAGAACGAGGUGCUUCAAGAGUUCCAGGCUCGGCGGGAGCGCAUCCAAGUGACUUGGACAAAGAUCAUGGAGCUAGGGGCUGAAGCAACAGAGCACCAACUGGUGAUGGACGCGCUCCAGAAGCUGGAUAAGGACCGGAAGUGCUUCCGGCUGGUGGGCGACGUGCUGGUGGAGCGGACAGUGGGCGAGACGGUGCCGGCGGUAUUGAAGAACCGCGACAACCUGAAGAGCACGAUUGAGUCGUUCCAAAAGCAGCUGGACAUUCAGAAAAAGGAGCUGGCGGAGUUCCAGGAGAAGUACAAGAUCCGGGUGCGCUCGGAGAGCGACGUGGCGGCGGAGGAGGCGGCCGCGGCAAGGGCCAAGGAGGGUGCCAAGGCGGCCGCGGCGCAGCAGGGCGUGCUGGUCUCCAAGUCGUAGGCGGAUCACAGCUGGCGCUGCCCCUCCGGUAGUAUAUGCCGUGGCUCGUGGUCAGGCCACACGACUGGUGCAGGAGGGUGGAGGAUAGCCCAGCCCAGGCUUGGGCGUGGGCUUGGCGCUGUCGCCCAGGGCUCCGCUUGCGAAGGCCGACAUGGUUGGUGAGGAUAGUGAGGAGGAGCUCGUGUGGCAGGGGUGUUCAUGGGGGCCUUCGUCCCCCGCUGAAUUACUGCGCUCCGGAGGCUCAGCCCUGAAACAGCGGCAAGAUUCCAGUUCCGCACUGUGCUUAAGGACGGAUACGAUGAUGGAUCGUGGUGGACUUGGACGCAAGGCACGUGGCGCGUGGUGGGGCACAUGCGUUGGUCGAGUGACCGUUGGUUAGGAGGAGCUGCGAAGGCAGCUAUCGCUUUCAAGUGCGCUGGAAAGUUGCGCGCAAUGUGAAGCGCGGUUUGCUUCACGGCGCGUAUGAUUGGGGCGGGCUCUGUGCGCAAUGGUGGCUGCUGUACGACACUCGGCAUACGCGCGCGGUCUGAUGACAUCGGUGUUUAGGCACGUUGGCGUGCGAACAGACGCCAGUGUGACAGGCGAAGCCGUGUAAGCUCGUGCCUAUCGGCUA